AUGGAGAUUACUUGUACUGAGGAUGUAUUUUAUUUCCAGGAUGGAAUACUGCAUGAAAUUAGUGAAAAAAUACAGAAGGAAUUUGUUCAAGGUCUCAAAGGUGGUUCCUCGAAAUCAUCGAUUGCGAUGUUGCCUUCUUUCAUCCCUGCAUUACCGGAUGGAAAUGAGAUAGGUAAAUAUGUUGCAAUUGACAUGAGUGGGAGAAAUCUACGUAUUAUGUUACUAACGUUGAAAGGAAGCAACCAAGAACCAGAACAGAUUAACCAUAAUUAUGUUUUUCCAGCUUCUGUUAUGAAAGGAACUGGAGAUCAGCUGUUCACAUUCAUAGUCAAUUGCUUGAUGAAAUUUCUCAACGAAGUGAAUCUUCUAAAUGCUUCGCUCCCAGUCGGUUUCGUUUUUUCCUACCCGUGCGAGUUACUUUCGAUACGUUCAGCGCGACUGCUUUGGUGGACAAAAGACUUUGAUAUAAAGGAUUGCUUGCAAAAAGAUGUAGUCAAACUUCUGGAAGAAGCUCUCGAAUUAAAUAUGCUAACAAAUGUGAAAAUUGAAGUCGUAAUGAAUGACACCGUCGGUCAGUUAGCUGCGACUGCUUACAAGUACGGUCAAGAAUGCAUAAUUGGUAUUGUUAUUGGAUAUGGUUGUAAUUCAUCAUAUUUGGAAAAUACUGCAAGGAUCGAGAAAUUUAAUGCUGCGGCUUCUGGAUAUAAAUUUGACAAAAUGGUGGUUGUUACUGAGUGGGAAGAAUUUGGUGAAAAGGGUGAAUUAAAUGCUAUUUUAACGCAGUUCGAUCGGGAUAUUGACGAAGUAUCGGUUCAUAAAGGCAAACAAAUGAUUGAUAAGUUAACUGGAGCAUUAUAUCUAGGCGAGUUGGUACGCCGUAUCCUCAUGCAGUUUACAUUAGAUGGGCAUUUGUUCAGUGGAAAACCUUGUGAAAAACUGGAUGAAGUGGAUUCCUUUCCAACUAAAUACAUUUCUGAAAUUUUGAGAGAUGAGGAAGGGAGUUUUAAAAUUUGUCGGCGGAUAUGUGAUGAACUUGAUGCACCUAGUCAUUGUACGGCUGAUUAUGAAAUCAUCCACGAAGUCUGCCACGCGGUGUCUCAGAGAUCUGCUGCUAUUGUUGCUGCUGCAAUUGCAGCGUUAUUACGCCAUGUUAAUCAAAGCAUCAUAAAAAUAGGAGUAGGUGGCGCAUUAGUGCAGUUUCAUCCGACUUAUCUCUCAUUACUGGAGAGCAAACUGCAUGAUUUCGCUCCAGUGAAUAUCAAGUGGGAGUUGGUACCAGCAGAUGAGGGUAGCGCUAAAGGUGCUGCUAUAGUCGCUGCAGUAGCUGAAAAAAUGGGACUUUGAAUGGAAAAGUUCCGAUGCUUUGAAGGAGCUGUGGGAACAUGACAUUCUUCCCUAAUGUACUCAGUAUCUUUAUCUAAUUAAUUUAUCCUAUUUUUUCGUCUUUUCAAUGUUUUCACCGUUGUUGACUUCAGAUAUGCAGUAAUGGUAAUGUUUGGUCGUCUUGUCUGAAUUAGGGGCGGUGAAAUGAGCUUUCCAAGUAAUAUUUACUGAAUUUCAUGUUCUCUGAAUUCUGCAGUAGUAGCUUCCCGGUGCUCAUUUAGUAGAUUUAUUUAGUGCACAUUGUCAUCAUCAGGAAAAAGAAACAAAUAUUUAUUUUUUGAAAUAUUUUACUUCACUAUAACACAUAUACGUGCGGUACAUGUAACUUAAAUGAUUCGACUUUAUCCUCUCGGAUAGGUAUGAUUUCUAGAUUGUAAAUGUUGAUUAAAGUUGAAAAGAUGUUACUUGGAUUUGCUGUUCUCAGUUCGUUUUUGUUAAAGUGCUAGUAGAGUAUUUUUGCUUUGCUUUUUUUUUCUCAUCUCGAAUUUUUAGAUCAAGUUCUUUUUGUAGGUACAUUUCGGCUAAAUGUGCAAAGCUUCUCAUCCAAGCAAUUUUGAAUUCAUAAAAUUUAAGUGUAUAAUGAUGAGCUAUGUCAAUCAUAACUGCUGUAGGUUUUUAUGCAUGUAUUUAUGAAAGUAUAUUCCAACUAAGCAGGUGUGAUUCGUGAAUUGUUGCAUCUGUAAGAAUCGUUUAUUUUAAUUCAUGGCACUACUGCCGACGUUUUCAUGCAUGAUUCCUAUGUAAAUGCAUGAUGCACACUAUAUUAUAUAUUCGUACACUGACAUACUACCAAUGUCUCCUGAUUUCUGCGAUCUGGUUAUUUUGUUUUCUGGACUCAAGUUUCGAGAUGUUAUUAGCCUCUUAUUGUCAAAAUUAGUUUAAGAAAAUUUAUUUCACACGAAAUCUUUUUUAGGUAAGACACUAUUCAGCAUAUUUAUAUUCUUACUUUGCAACAAAUUGGUUUAUGGAUACGUCUUCGAUUUUUUUGUUAACUGUUGUACAUUUGCCCCCGUUGUUUAUUCUUGUUGUAUCUGUGACUGUGGUAGCAACAGAAGGCGGAUGACGGGUGGAUGAGCAACAUUCGGAUUGAAAUAUUUCAUAUUUUGUUUUAUUUUUAUCUAAAGCCUUCCGGAUUCGUUUGUUUACCAGAUGUUUCAGCUUUGCGUCCG